AGUCUUGCUCAGUCUAUGAACUAUGAAGCUUGAGCGUGCUUGAGCGGUCCAUGUACUUCAUGGUCGAAGGCUGUGAUUGCGCCGUUAAUGUCGCACUUAUAGCGUACUGCACUCCAUAGUUUCGAUGCAUCAAUUUGUACCCGCGACUAAUGCGAUAGCUGGUAGCGCUUAUAACACGUUCUAAAGAGCAGCACGCCGAAAGAUCGCGAGAGAAAAUCAUUCUUUUUUCACGCGACACCUGCGUUAGAAUAAGUAACGUCAUCGUAAAGGUUAGACACGCUAAAAAGGAACGUCCAGCUGAGAAUCAAAUGCAAGUACGAUUGAAAUAGUCGGUCGAGUUUACUUGCAGCCGAUAAGAACCGAACGCAAAAUGGAUAAUAGUAAAGUAGACGAGGAUAGUCAACGUAGCGUUAAUGACGGGGACUGGAUUUGCCCCGAUUCUCAGUGUGCCAAUGUAAAUUUUGCAAGACGAAAUUCUUGUAAUCGAUGCGGAAAAGACAGAGGAGAAUGUCCUAAGAAAAAGAAAUUAGGACAAGAAAUUGGAAAAGCGGCAGCGGAAAAAAGUAGGGGAUUGUUCAGUGCCGACGAUUGGCAAUGUAGCAAGUGUGGAAACGUGAACUGGGCGCGCAGACAGCAAUGUAACAUGUGUAACGCGCCCAAGUUCGGGGAAAUCGAGGAACGUACAGGGUACGGAGGAGGAUACAACGACCGAGGGGUAGUCGAAUAUAAAGAAAGAAGAGACGACGACGACGAGUACGACGAAUUCGGACGCCGCAGGAAGAAACGGAGACUCGAAAAUCGCUCGGACGACGAUUCCAAAGACUCUAGGUAUAGCAGUCCGCCGCGUAACAAAUCGAAAGACGAGGACGAAAGGGACGCGGUUGUCGAAGAGGAGAGACACGAGGAAAAUGCGGAAGUAGAAGAAGAAGAAGGCGAUGCAGAAGGUGAAGAGGCGGUGGACGAGGAGGAGGAGGAGGAGGAGGAGGAAGAGGACGAGGAGGACGAAGAAGACGGGGACUUAUCCAAAUACGAUCUUAGCGAGUGGGACGAUUUUGCGCUAAAGAAAAAUACAAAUGGGAGCACUGCGUCCUCGGAAGAGCAAUCAAGAGAUAGAGACGACUGGCGCGAUUCGGGAACAUCCAGUCAUUGAGAUGCUUCGCAGAAGGAAAGGUUUGACUUGGGUUUCGGGUAUAAAAUUGAUUGCGAUGAAUGAAUUUUUGCAGUAUCGUAACGCGAUUGCCGAACGAUACUUUGUUUGCUUUGCUUUGCGCCGUUUAGAAAGUACUCUAUUCGUAUUCUAUUAUAGACCAGUAGACGUUAGAUUAUAAUGGCAUGGUCAAAGAGGAAGAUACAUAGACUUAGAAAAAACCCGAUGGGGGGAUGAAAGUAUAAUCGCUUGUUAAAUAAAUGAUUUUUUACAGGUGAGAGGAAAUUCCAAGAGCGAAUAAAUAAUUGCUCGGCGAACUAAGAGAUGUACACAACGCAACAAAUUUAGUGAUUUAGUGAGCACCUUUGGAUAAAGUGAUGGACAAUAUAUGACUUAUUGCAAAGGGGAAUCGAUUAACGAUAAGCUUUACAUUUGUGAUCGAACUCGUAGCUUCGUUGAGUCUAUGGAUGGAGAGUGAAAUGUAGGUUGCCUAUUUGCGCGAUAUCGUCCUAAAUAUUGCAUAGUAAUUACGGAAUAUUUCCGUAAAGAUACUAGGCGCAUGCAUUGUUUCGCUAGUUAAAAGUAAAGAAAGAAAAGAAAAAAAAGAGAGAGAGAAAAGAAAAAGGAAACACUGAGAAAAGAAAAAAAGAUAGGAAAAUCUGUAAUUCUAAUAUAACUCUAUGGACGACGUUACACGACUCGUUGUAAUAGCUGCAUUACGAAUUCGUAGAAGAAAUCUUAUUUCUAACUAAUUCAAACGUAUAAAGUCUCCGUGAAAGCUCUCUAUCAUUGCCACAUCUUAAAACUUCUAAUUACGUUAUCACAAACGCACGACGCUCUCUCGUAUCCACACGUCUCACGAUUCGCUUCGAUAUUGCCUCAAAGAGCUGCUUCGAAAACAAGACUUUCUUUUUCUUCUUCUUCUUUUUUUUUUUUUAAUUUUUUAGUUCUCUCGUACUCUUUGUUUCUCUCGCCACGCGAAUCACUUUCUCUCUCGCUCGCUUUCUUUCUCUUCCAUGCGCGACAACUAACGAUUAAACGAAACCGUAAAUGUAGUAUUUAAAAAAAAAAAGAAAAAAGGAAUCAUUCCCUAAUGAAUACAGAUAUGUCUUUGACGUCUUCGGAAUGAAGAGAAAAAGGAUACAUUUUUUUUUCUUGCUUUGACUAUCACAGAUCCGAGUAAGCUGGAAGCAGCAGCCUGCUUUUUGUAAUUGAAAAGAUUCGUGGCAUUGAGAUUUUGUUUCGCCGUGUCGGAAGCCUGCUGCGCGCGUUUUUUAGACCCCCGUCAGGCGAAAAAGUAAAACGUAUCAAAAAAACUCCGACGACCCGCCUCUCAGAUACCCCGCUACGAAAAAAACCCAUUUAUUCGAUCAAUUCUUGAUACUGACUUCUUGUAAAUAUCUUUAUUUUUCAUUUAUAAUAAAAAUCAUUCAUCAACAACAUAA